AUGGCUGUUGAGGAUGAUGUAUCUUCGAUGAGAACAACGACGUUAGUCGCUCCAACAAGACCCACGAUCACAGUUCCUCAGAGACCACCGGCGAUCGAAACGGCGGCGUAUUUUUUCGGAGGUGGAGAGGGCCUUAGUCUAAGCCCAGGUCCACUUUCUUUUGUGUCGUCUUUGUUCGUUGAUAGCUUCCCUGACGUCUUGACUCCGGAUAAUCAAAGGACAACGUCGUUUUCUCAGCUUCUCGCCGGAGCUAUGUCGGUGUCUCCCGGAAGCGGACGUUCUACGGCGGGGAUGAUCGCCGGAGGAGGACCGUUGUUUACAAUUCCUUCUGGUCUCAGCCCUUCUAGUCUUCUCACCUCUCCCAUGUUCUUCCCUCCUCAGCAGUCACCAACUCAGACCGUCUUUAUUCAACCGCAGUCGCAACCAAAACGACCAGACUCAUUUCCUAACCAAAUGCCGCCAUCGACAUCCACGGCCGUGCAUGGCCGUCGAUCUUGUAAAGCUCCGCAAGCCGAUCGUUAUAAUAAUCCGGCGGCGAAUAACAACAAUACUAACCGGUCUUAUAACGUGGUGAACGUUGAUAAACCGGCGGAUGACGGGUAUAACUGGAGGAAGUACGGCCAAAAGCCGAUAAAAGGGUGUGAAUAUCCGAGGAGUUAUUAUAGAUGCACACAUGUUAAUUGUCCGGUUAAGAAGAAAGUUGAACGGUCAUCAGAUGGACAGAUCACUCAGAUCAUUUACAAAGGUCAACAUGACCACGAGAGGCCUCAGAACCGCCGUGGCGGUGGUGGUGGAGUUAGAGAUUCCGGCGAAAUUGGUGAUAUUCAUUACAUUGGUGGUGUAGGACAUAUAGAGUCUAGUGAUGAUAGUGGUUAUGCUAAUGAUCAUGACAAUGAUAAUGAUGAUGACAAUGAAGAUAUUCCAGGUUCAAAGAAAAGAAAAAUUGACGGGGGUGUGUCAACAACUCACCGGUCCGUGACCGAGCCAAAGAUCGUCGUUCAGACAAGAAGUGAAGUCGACCUCCUGGACGAUGGUUAUAGGUGGCGCAAGUACGGACAAAAGGUUGUCAAAGGAAACCCCCAUCCGAGGAGCUACUAUAAAUGUACAACAGCGAAUUGUACGGUACGUAAACAUGUAGAGAGAGCUUCUACGGAUGUGAAGGCUGUCAUUACAACUUAUGAAGGUAAACAUAACCAUGACGUCCCUGCCGCUAGAAACGGCACCGCCGCAAUCUCAGCCAUAGCGGGAACGUCCGAUCACCAUCGGAUUGUCCUCCCUGCGUUGGACCCGUUUACCCGUCCCGGGUCGAUACUCACGCCGCCCGGAAACUUUCUGACAAUUAGUUCAUCCAUCAUGGGUUGCUUCAACUCCAAGCAUUCUUCUCCUCCUCCACGCCCUAUCCGCCGCCGUUCAGACACCGCCGCCAACCGAGGCCAUCCCCAAAACACCCACAAACCCCAUGUCCUUCCCACUCCGCCAUCUCACCGCCGUGUCGUCAACUCAUCUCCUAAAAAGCAUCGCAAUAAUGACGAUGACGCUCCAAGAUCGAAGACGACCGGAGUUAGCCUUAGAUCGGGAUUGCCGCAUGGAAAUGUAGAGGCUGAGCAGGUGGCUGCUGGUUGGCCUUCAUGGCUCACCUCCGCCGCACCGGAGGCCGUUCAUGGGUUGGUCCCAUUACGUGCAGAGGACUUCGAGAAAAGAGAGAAGAUUGGGCAAGGGACGUAUAGCAACGUGUUCCGGGCUUGUGAGGUAUCGACGGGACGAGUCAUGGCUCUAAAGAAAAUAAGGGUUCAAAACUUCGACACAGAAAACAUAAGAUUCAUAGCAAGAGAAAUCAUGAUUUUGAGAAGGUUAGAUCAUCCAAACAUCAUGAAACUCGAAGGUAUCAUCGCCUCACGGAACUCAAACAGCAUGUACUUUGUGUUUGAUUACAUGGAACACGAUCUCGAAGGCUUAUGUUCAUCUCCUGACAUCAACUUCACCGAGGCACAGAUAAAAUGCUACAUGCAGCAGCUUCUGUUGGCAGUAGAACAUUGUCAUUUACGAGGGAUCAUGCACAGAGACAUUAAAGCAGCAAACAUUCUGGUGAAUAACAAAGGAGUUUUGAAGCUAGCUGAUUUUGGACUAGCCAACAUUGUAACACCAAGAAACAAGAAUCAGUUAACAAGUCGGGUUGUGACGCUAUGGUACCGUGCACCUGAACUUCUAAUGGGUUCCACGAGUUAUAGCGUGUCGGUCGAUCUUUGGAGCGUGGGUUGUGUAUUCGCCGAGAUUCUUACCGGACGACCACCUCUUAAAGGAAGAACAGAGAUUGAACAACUUCACAAGAUUUAUAAACUAUGUGGAUCACCAGAUGAAGAACUUUGGAGAAAUAACAAGCUUCAUCCUCAAACUAAAAUGUUUGGACAACAACAUCAAUAUGAAGGUUGUCUAAGAGAAACAUUUGAGGAGUUUCCAAAAACAGCAGUUAAUCUUCUGGAGAAUCUAUUUUCUAUUGAUCCAGAGAAACGAGGAACUGCCUCUUCUGCUCUCAUGUCAGAGUACUUUAAUACAAAGCCUUACGCUUGUGAUCCAUCGACAUUACCUAAGUAUCCUCCUAACAAGGAAAUGGAUGCUAAGUACCGUGAAGAACUGCAACGAAGGAGAAGAGCAACUAUAAAGAAAAGAGAUAACUUGGUAUCCAAGAAAACGGGGAAAUCACGUAGAACAAUCAAAGACCCUCUUAGCAAGUUACCAACCCAACAGGAAGCGAAGAAGGAAGCUGAGACAGAGAUCAUUGUCCAGACGCCAUCUGAGACAUCUCAAGCGACCACUCGAAGCGAGUUUCCGUACACUGCUCUAUCUCAAGCCACGGCGCCGGCAAGCGGGUUCGCAUGGGCUGGAGCUAAGAAGAGGAAAGAAAACGACGCAGCUUCGACGCUGACAUAUAAUCAGCCUGCGGGAUCCGCGAGCCACGUGAGUGGUAUGAGCAUGGCUUUUGCUAAGAACACAUUCGGGCUAACAAUAAACGAGAACCGACCAUUUCUUAGGCCACACGUUUCUCUAGACUCCUCUGGUGAUAUCUUGUUGUACCCUAACGCGCAUCACAAGAAAGAAGAAGAUAAUAUGAGUCAACUAAAUUCGGAUUUGAGGAAUGUUGGGGCGAAUCCAAAGAUUUUUCAAACCAAUGGGAUGAAUGAGAUAUUAAGGAGAACAGAAAGUGAUGCAAGAGUCGCUGUUCGAAGACCGCCACGGAUAGAAAGAGGUUAA